UGGUGAUGGGCAUAAGCCACGGUUAUGUCACCGAUAGCACGACUUACUUCUCUACUGCGUAACCUACUGAAGAUUUGUACACACAUACAUUGCGGAUCUCAUCAUGUGACAGUUUGAUCAUAUCUACUAUGUUACCAACAUGGACUGGACUGUACGAAAGCACUGAACGACCAACAAUCUGAACAAAAUAUUGACGAAAUUAUUUGGCUAUUGUAUUUCGUAGCAAAUUCAUUCUAUAGCGAUUGGCGAAACGUCGUCUCCGGGUAUGUUGGGAAAAUAAUCAAAUGUCCACCGUGUCACAACAGUCUACUGUAGGGACUAAAGUUCCUCGUUCCUGACAGAGAGGGGGCGGGGCAUAAAGCUCCAGACAAAUGCCCCACAAUGCAGUUCACCUGACCAGGGGUUGGAGGUCAACCCAGGGGUGAGAUGAGGCGACCUAGGAGCUCCCUCCUGCCGCGUGGAGCAUCGCACGACCACCCCUGAACUCUCACCUCUGACUUACUGCACACAUCCACCUUACCCACAACACCCCUCGCCCCUUCUCAGACUGCGCCCACCAUGACCACCUCACCCAGGAAACACCUGGUGAAGGACUUUAACCACUUCAUCACCUGCUACGUGUGUAAAGGCUAUCUGAUCAAACCCACGACUGUCACCGAGUGUCUGCACACCUUCUGUAAGAGCUGCAUCGUCCAGCACUUUGAAGACAGCAAUGACUGCCCCAAGUGUGGCAUCCAGGUCCACGAGACCAACCCUCUGGAGAUGUUGAGGUUGGACAACACUUUAGAGGAGAUCAUAUUUAAACUGGUGCCUGGCCUCAGAGAAAGGGAGGAACAACAGGAAAUAGACUUCUGGAGGCUAAACAAGUCGAAAGAGAAUGGAGAAGACAAUGGCCCUAGGUCGAAGCGGGCCAGGCUGGUUGGUGAAGAUGAGGAUGAUGAUGGUGGUGGAGAUGGGGACUACCACCGGAGCGACCCUCAGAUAGCUAUCUGUCUGGACUGUCUCCGGAACAAUGCAAUGGUGGGCGAGAGCAUCGUCAAGGGCUUGAUGAAGAGGUUCAUACGCUGUUCGUCAAGAGUUACUGUGGGAACCAUCAAGAAGUUCCUCAGCCUCAAGUUAAAGCUUCCAAGUUCUUAUGAGCUAGAUGUCCUAUGCAAUGGGGAGAUCAUGGGGAAGGACCACACCAUGGAGUUCAUCUACAUGACCCGCUGGAGACUCCGUGGAGAAAAUGCCUAUCCCAUGGUGUUGGAGUAUCGUCCACGGAUAGACUUUGGCUGACGAGGAGGGGAGGGAAGCCUGCACUAUCUCACAGCCCUUUGAUACACAUACAGAUCUUCAAAUCUGAGACAGACCUGACUGAUUGAUUGACUGAUUGACUAGUGAAUGGAUGUACUGAGUUUUUUAAACAUGGAUGCCAUCUCCUCUCAUCUGCAUGCAGUACUACGGCUAUACCUCUGAUUCAGCUCUUAUUUGGUGGCAUUAGUAUUUGUAUUACUUUUCUAUGAUCGUCUGUGAGGACCACAAGGACCUGCCAACCUACCUGCUUGAUACAUGAUUUGACCAUGUAUCACUACAAUGCCGUUGUAUCAGACAUACUGAAUAAUUGACUUAAGCCAACAGUGCAGUGACUCUAAGAAACAUGCAGUAUGGGAAAUGUAGUUUGCAGUAAGUCUUGUAGGCCAGUUAUGCAAAAUAACAGAGGUGUAAGGACAGAGAUACACUGGCAGACAGAACUCUUGUAUAUCAGACCCCUCUAUAUGCUGGAUUGAGUGUCUUAUUCCUCUCCUCCCUUGCCCCACCUCUGGUUUGUCAUCCUCAACUUGUAGUGCCUUUCCCUCAUGGUUUGUGAGUCGAAUCUCAUCCUAUAGAAAGCCUGGAAGGCACAAGGGGCUCACAUCAGUCAUACCUGUCAUUGGUUUUACACAGGGAACAUAUAAAGAAGUGUCAGAUAAUUGAUCAAGUUCAGUGAGUCUCUGUGAAUGUCAUGAGCCACAUGGGCGAUUUAUCGGACACUUCUUUCUUUUAAAUGUUCCUUGGUUCUACUGUUGGCCUCACUGGUUUUAGCCUCGCCAUGACCAGGCUGGGUCUGCUCUUUUACAUGUCAAAUACUAUGGAAAACAGUAAGAAGUCCAUUUACAAAAGGUAGAUACGUGUCACCAAGGACUGCUUUUCACCUGUUGCCAGGUCCAGCUCUCGGAGGUCAGUGUGAGUCAUGCUAAAUCAUGUAUAAUGCAUAUCUAUGGGUUGUUAUCGAGUUAUAUUUACCCUUUUUUUCAUACCGUAUGGAUGUUGUCCUCAUAUAGACUGUAUAAUGCAAUAUGAGUAGCCUACUAUGAGACAAGGGUUACUGAAGAAACCAGACUUCUGCCUACAGUCUGACUGGCCUAGCUGUUGGUUUGUGCACUGUUGAAACGUUACGGGCAUUAUUUUAGACUUGUACAUUGUUAAGAGAUGUGUAAAGACUGGUUUCAAACUCCAGCAUCCUUUUAAGAAUUGAUUUUAUUUAUUGCCUUUGCCCUUUGAUUUUGUCUGUGCUUCACUGGGUCCUGCUUAUCCGCUUGCCAAUUAGGGUUCAAACACUUUACCUGCUCAAUACCUCCU